AUGAAGGACACAUACACUUUCCCCGCCGCGGCUGACUUCCAUGUCCACCUCCGUGAUGGCGACAUGAGCCGGGCUGUCGUGCCGACGAUUCGCGACGGCGGCGUCGACACGGUCUACGUGAUGCCGAACCUGAUCCCGCCCGUCACCACGGUCGCCCAGGCGCUGGCCUACAAGGAGCGGCUCCAAGCCAUCGACAACAGUGUCAACUACCUCAUGACGCUCUUCCUCGACGAGAGCAUCACGCCCGAGGUCGUCCGCGCGGCCAAGAAGGCCGGCAUCGCCGGCAUCAAGUCGUACCCCAAGGGCACGACGACCAACUCGUCCGGCGGUGUCGUCAGCUACGAGCCCUACGACGCCACCUUUGCCGCCAUGGAGGAGGUCGGCCUCGUGCUCAACAUCCACGGCGAGGUGCCCAACAACACGCAAAAGGACGUGUCGGUCAUGAACGCCGAGUCCAAGUUCCUGCCGACGCUGCUCGAGGUGCACGCCAAGUUCCCCAAGCUCAGGAUCGUGCUCGAGCACGUCACGACGGCGGACGCCUGCGAGGCGGUGCGCAGCUGCGGCCCCACCGUCGCCGGCACCAUCACAGCCCACACUCCGGUGGCCAAGUCGCCCGAGGACCGGCGCGCUCUGCUCAACGCGCUCGUGACGAGCAACGGAAAGUUCUUCCUCGGCACCGACAGCGCCCCGCAUGACAUCAGCGCCAAGAAGGGCAAGGGCAGCGCGGCGGCAGGUGUCUUCACGCAACCCCACGCUUCGCAGUACAUCCUGACGGCCCUGGAGGAGGGCAUCGCGCGGGAGGACAUCAAGGAUGAGCAGGUGACCGAGGAAGUUCUCCGCGGUUUCUUGAGCGAGUGGGGACGCAAGUUCUACGGCGUUGAGCCGGCGACGCAGAAGAUCGUGCUUACCAAGGGCGACAAGGUCAUCCCCGAAUCCGUCAAGGACGCAGGCGUCGAGGUUGUGCAUUACCGGGCUGGCACCAAGACCUGGGACUUGAAGUGGCAGUAG